GGAAAAGGAAAAUUCCAGCGAGUUUUCGUAUCUAAACCCGCCGAGUUAACCCCGCUCCGUUCCCUGACUCAUCUACCACUCAAUCCCCAACUCGAAGGAAAAAAGAGAGAGGAGAAGAUGCAAGUGAUUUCGAACGCUCGCAAUCUCGCUAGGUUUUUAGGAGCUCGAACAGUUCUUUUCAAUUCAAAUCAACGUUUCUCCUCGUCUUUGAUUCAAUCUCACAGCUCUUCUCUUCAAUGCCAAUUUCACGGUGACGCUUCCGCAGGAAUUUGUGGAAGCUGUAAUUAUCCGAUGACACUGCAUUCGCUUUAUCCGAUGAUUUCAAGGACAAGUUUUUCGACAGAAGCUGGAACCACAGAUAGCAAUCCGACUGAGGCAGUUAACGAACUCUAUGAGAACAUGCUUCAAUCUGUAAAUGUUAAAAGAACGAUGCCUCCAAAUGCCUCUCUAUGGUCAAUGAUUGGUAACUGCAAAAAUCAUGAAGAUAUUAAGCUUCUUUUCGAUGUUCUCCAUAAUCUCCGAAGAUUUCGAUUAUCGAACCUACGGAUUCAUUCCAAUUUUAAUUGCAAUCUCUGUCAAGAAGUUGCCAGGGCUUGUGCUCGUGUGGGAGCCAUUGAUUUUGGAAAGAAAGCUUUGUGUCUGCACAAUGUGUACGGACUGACUCCCAGUAUUGCAUCUGCACAUCAUUUAUUGUCUUAUGCUAAGGCUCAUAUUGAUGCUAAACUCAUGGUGGAGGUGAUGCGGCUCUUGAAAAGGAAUAACUUACCUUUACAAGCUGGGACUGCAGAUAUCGUUUUCAGCAUUUGUUCCAAUACAAAUGAUUGGGAGUUGAUCUCUAAGUACUCGAAGAGGUUUAUCAAGGCUGGUGUUAAACUACGACAGACUACCUUUGACACAUGGAUGGAAUUUGUUGUUCGAAGAGGAGACACUGACUCACUAUGGAAUAUCGAGAAAUUGAGAUCCGAGACAAUGAAGCAGCACUCUCUCACCACUGGUUUUGCAUGCGUGAAGGGUUUACUACUAGAAUGCAAACCCGAGGAUGCUGCAGCCCUUAUUCUGGCCCUUAAUGAGACUCUAUCUGAUGCAAAGAAGCCGAGUAUCACGGUUGAAGUUGAAAAGUUGAUAAAUGAAUGGCCAUUGGAAGUUCUCAAGCAUCAAAAAGAGGAAGAUAGGAAGGCAUUGACAGCUGCUUUGAAAUCCGAUAUUCAAUCCAUGGUUGCUAGUCUACUAAACAUUGGCUUGGCGAGGAGCGUAAAUUUGGAAGACUUAAAGAAGAAAGAAAUUCUAUCAUAGGAUGGGAGAUUGGACUUGAAAAUCCGAAUUCCGGCACCUUGUUUCACAGAGCGUGCUUCAACAAUGGUGGACAUUUAUGAGAAUUGUCGUCACAAAGUAAGCA